AGUAUGGCAUCACAUUCGCGUACACUUCUCUUCGGCAUCAUUCACAUGACCUUCAUCAUAGUAGGGACAACAUCACUUGCUGCGAAGGAAGAUCCUGGAAGAACUGACAACGGUCUCUCCGAUCAUAACCCUACCAACCCGGGACAAGGAACGUCCUGCUAUGUUGACGUCUCAACAAGGAUGGUGAACUGCUCUCACCGCGGUCGCACAGAAGUUCCAGGAGAUAUUCCUUCGAACGCCCAGAUUUUGUCACUUUCCUACAACUUGCUGCAAAAGAUCCGCAACGAAUCUUUUGCCCAUUUGAAGAAUCUUGUGGAUAUAUCGCUGAAGUAUAACGUUAUAUGUGCCAUUGAAGUAGGUGCGUUCUUUGAACUCUAUCUCUUGCAGUCGGUGAAUUUAGUGGGGAAUCGACUGUCUGUCCUGCCGAGUCAACUCUUUAGUCAAAACUUUUACAUGACGGAUAUAUUUCUGAGAGACAAUAACUUAACGGAUGUACCAGAUCUGUACUUGAAGGCACCAAAUCUAUCUUUUAUUGACCUUGGAGAGAACUCUAUCAAGUCAGCGAAUUUCAGGAUGCACUUUGCCACAGAAUGUAACAUUAUGUUAAUAGAUCUCAGUAAUAAUCAUAUCAAACGAAUACGAGAGAGUGAUUUGACAAAUUUAAACGUUUGUAGCAACAUUAAUCUCAUUGACUUCUCAUCAAAUGAUAUAUCAUCGAUACAGCCACUUAGUUUGCAUGGAAUGAAUGUUAGUGGAAUCCGAUUUCGAGAGAACCCUUUAUUUAAAAAAGGGGUUGUAGAGAUUUUUGAGGCUACGGUAAAAGCUCCUUAUGUUACUUACAUAACUCUAGUGAGAACAAGGUUACCUUGUCUUUCUGCUGAUAUCUUCAUUCCUUUGGAAACACAUGCAUUGAAAACUUUGUCCUUGAGUGAAAACAACAUCUCUUCAAUCCCUGAUAACGUUUUUCAUUAUUUAACAAGACUGGAGAGGUUGCAUUUGACCGAUAAUAAAAUAACAGUAAUUUCUCCAUCGGGUUUUAAUAACUUGUCUUCACUUGAAGAGCUUUUCCUUGAUAACUGUAGGGUUGUGUCUUUAAAGACCCCAGCUGAAACAGGGGUUUGGGAACCACCGCUUAGGGCACUGUCCUUAGGUAACAAUUACCUGCAUGAGAUCCCAUCGAAAGCGUUCGUUGGUUUGAAGGUUUUGAUUUACCUAACACUUCAUUUCAAUUCUAUCAGGGUCAUUCACCCGGAUUCCUUUUAUGGUCUGGCCAGCCUCGAAGUCCUUCAGAUGGAAGACAAUUUACUGAUCAGUCCUCUGAGGUUCGGCACUAUAUCAACCUUGAUAACCCUUGAUCUAAGUAAUUCUGGUAUCAACUCACUUGAUCCCCAUAACACAUUCACUGGUCUAUCAUCACUGUCUGAAUUGAUGCUUGAUAACAAUUAUCUUCAUAUUUCUGACAUAUGGGACAAUGAAGGUAACAUAUCUAUAUUUCGGGACCUACGCAAAUUAAAGAAACUUGACUUAAGUGUCAACCAGCUUCAAAGUGAAUUGCCAAGUGGAUGCUUUAAAGGUCUUCACAGCCUAGAGCAACUAAACCUUCAAGGCAUGUCACUUCCAAGGCUAAAUCCAGACCUUUUCAAAGGCCUUGCUAAUCUUCAAUUGAUUUCCCUGGAUGACAAUGCGUUAAAAGAUCUUCACCCCGAGAUAUUUCAUGAUCAGGGUAAUUUAUUUUCUCUUUACCUGAGUCGAAAUCCUAUCUCAAGUUUAGACGAUCAGUUAUUUGUACGCACUAAAAAGCUAUCUGUGCUUAGCCUGUCGAGCACGAACAUAGAUGUCAUAACGGAAAAGACUCUAGGUCCACUUAUACCUUCUUUGUCUACCUUAGAUUUGUCGAGAAAAGCACUGUCAUGUAAUUGCAAAAAUAAUUGGUUAAGAAACUGGAUACAAAACAGCAGUGCAGAAGUCCUCUUAGAUGGUACCAUUUGCUCUAGUGCUUCUCCUCAAAAACUUGAAGGUAAACCAUUUGAAGAGUUCGAGCCCGCCCUCUACUGUGGUCCGAAGAUUCUCUUAUAUUCCUGCAUAUCGGUGGUUUCUGUGAUGAUAAUAGCUAUCAUGGUCUUGUUAUACUACAAUCGUUGGUGGAUGAACUACAAAUGCUUCCUUUUGAAACUCUGCAUCAUCGGUUACAGCGAAAUAGUCGAAGAUCGGGAUUACGAAUACGACAUCAACAUCGUUUUCGAAGACGCCGACGAAGAAUGGGUCAAUGAGAGUUUGGUGCCGAAUAUUCAGGAGCGCGAACCCGAGGUCAGGCUCCUGGUCGGAGACGACAUGCUCCCGCUUGGGAUGUAUCGGCUUGAUGCUGUUGCCCACGUCAUUGACAAUAGUUACAAGUCUGUAUUCAUCGUCAGUCAAAGUGCGAUCAAAGACAGCUGGUUCCUGACCAAACUACGCAUUGCCUUGCAACACGUCAACCACGCCAAACGCGACGCGGUUCUUUUCGUGUUCAUGGACGACAUUGCGGAUGAAGAUCUUCCCUACCUGAUUCGCCUCUUGCUGAGUUUCAACCGACCCUACCUCCAGUGGGAUGCAGACCCAAGGAAUCAAGAAUGUUUCUGGGAACUGUUCACGAAAAGCGUUCGCGUCACCACCAAACUCAAUUACACUAUUCCAUUUUAGAUGUGAAGUCUAAAGCACGUUCUCUGGGAAAAUACAAAAUAGGCGUGGGAUCUGCAGUGAUUUGUAUUUAGAAUAAUGCAGACAAAAUUAUCCUUUUUUUAGGAGUUGAA